AUGUCUAACCUGCGAUCCAUCUGGGCCGUGCUGUUCACGGCAGUUCUGUCGUCAUUCCUGUACUUCCGCGGUCGGGAGCUUCUCAUGAUAUAUACCAAUGCUCCAAGCCGCCUGCCGGAGAUCAACGCCUUUGCGCGCCACGAGAUUAAAUUUGCCGAUCAGGUGAGAAGCUGUGAAGAUGUACUCGUGCUGGAGGGUCGUGGUUUGGCCCUUCUGGCGUGCGAUCCUGGAAGAGAGCGAUGGAACACAGUCAUGGGCAUCUUUCUCCCCGGCCCUGUAGUCAGUGCCAGUCUCUACGUGUACGACUACAAAGACGCCUCUCGACCCGACGCUAGCUCUCUCAGACACGUCGACGUGGUCGACUUUGCCGGCAAGGCCGACUUUCACACCCUAGGCAUGGCAUACGACGAGGAAACAUCCACCUUGUUCGCUGCCAACCACGCCAAGGCCGGCCCCAGAAUCGAAGUCUUCAACCUCGACCUUGAUCAACUCGUGGCCACCCACGCCGGAACCAUCCAGCACCCGCUCAUCCAUGGUCCCAACUCGAUAGCUCUUGUCAGCAGCAGAGAGUUCUACGUGUCCAACGACCACUACUUCCUGGCCAGGCAGUCGAGGCUCCUGUCGCGAGCAGAAACCUUUCUGGGCCUCCCCCUCGGGACUGUCGUGCACGUCAAGCUGUCCAAAGACAAGCCCGCCGAUGUAGAAGAAGCCAAGGUUGUCGCCCGCGUUGGUUUUGCAAACGGCGUCGAGAUUCUCAACAGCACCACCGUCGCCGUGGCCGCAACCAGCCAGAGCGCCGUGUACCUGUACGAGCGUCGCCAAAAUGCCUCUCUUGCGUACAAGAAGUCCAUUCAGCUGCCCUUCUUGCCGGAUAACCUAUCUGUUCACGGGGGAAAGCUCAUCAUUGCAGGUCACCCUCAUUUCCCCUCACUUGUGAAAUUUACCGCGACCCGACACAUCUGCAAUGACGCGGCAGAACUGGCAAAGGCAAAUGACGAGAUGAGGCAGUACUGCAGGGAAGGUAAGGCCGCUUCUUGGGCUGCGGAAUGGAGUGAGGAAGAUGGACUGAAGAACCUGUAUGUCGGCACGGAAUAUCCCUCCAGCGCGACGGCGGCUAGAGAUUCGAGGAGAGGCGUGGGCAUUAUUUCGGGGUUGUAUGCCAAAGGAAUCCUGGUUUUGAGGGAUUGA